UUUAUGAAGAAACUCAAUCAUAAUUUAAAAACCCUAAAAUAACAAAACUGAGCCUCUCCGGUAACAUUUCCGUUGCAUCAAUAUAAACAAAUUUUUCGGAGACGCCACUGAACACAGCCGCCGGAAAACGCAGUCGGAGUUAGCUCGUCGGCCGUCAAGAACAGUGAGAAACUCGUCCAGGGUAGAAAGAUUCAGAGAAGAAUAUGAAUAAGGAUAAGAUAUUCAAGCUAGCAAAGGGGUUCAGGGGGAGAGCGAAGAACUGUAUUAGGAUUGCAAGGGAGAGAGUGGAGAAGGCAUUGCAAUAUUCCUACAGGGACCGCCGAACGAAAAAGAGGGACAUGCGAUCCCUUUGGAUCCAACGGAUUAAUGCUGGCACUCGUGUUCAUGGUGUCAAUUAUGGGAACUUCAUGCAUGGGCUAAAUAAGGAGAAUAUUCAACUUAACAGAAAGGUUUUGUCCGAGAUAUCUAUGCAUGAACCCUACAGUUUCAAGUCACUGGUAGACAUAUCUCGAAAUGCUUUUCCUGGAAACAAGAACGUGGUUGUCCCUCCAAGAAAGGUGUCCUUUUAGAACAUUUGGCACUUUAGCAAACAUUUAUAUGUAGUUUAUGUCAGAGUGGUUAAGAAUCUGAGGAUUUCGGGUUUAGUACACUUCAAAUGAUGAUAAGUUUUGUAUGCCUAUGAUUCAUACAUACUCCUUGAGUACUUCACUACCACAUGAUUCCCCCCUUCUGUUUUUUCUUUCACUUGCUUUGAAAUCUGUAUUAUUGUACGAAUCGACUUUGUGGAACUUUUGCUGCCAUUAGGCUCCAUCAUAAAAUAGAGAUUUUUUUCGACA